AUGCCUGCGCCGACGGCCCUCAAGACGGCGGCAGACGAGUCCGCCCCGCCAGCCGACAUUCCUAUCCUCGCAGAGAAUAAUGAAGACGAGCUCAUCCUCGACGCUCCCGAGCUAGCCGUACGCGAACCCCUGACCGACGCACCGGUAGACACAGAGAUGGUGGUGGACGAGGAGGGCCGACCAAAGUUUGCGCCCGCACAGGACGCUGAGACGAUCACGCGGAUAGAAACGCGCAAGGUGCCCAUCCCACCGCACCGCAUGACGCCCCUCAAGGGCAGCUGGCCCAAGGUGUACGGGCCCCUGGUCGAGCACCUCAAGCUGCAGGUGCGGAUGAACCUCAAGAACAAGACGGUCGAGCUGCGCAACUCGAAGCACACCACCGACCCGGAAGCGCUGCAGAAGGGCGCCGACUUUGUGCGGGCGUUCGCGCUGGGCUUUGAUGUCGACGAUGCCGUUGCGCUGCUGCGGCUGGACAGCCUGUUCAUCGAGACGUUUGAGAUCAAGGACGUCAAGACUCUGACCGGAGACCAUCUUGCUCGUGCCAUCGGCCGUAUAGCGGGCAAGGACGGCAAGACAAAGUUUGCGAUUGAGAAUGCCUCUCGCACACGGAUAGUGCUUGCUGAUUCCAAGGUGCAUAUUCUUGGUGCCUUUCAAAAUAUCCACAUAGCACGAGAGUCCAUUGUGUCGCUGAUCUUGGGUAAACCGCCUGGCAAGGUCUACAACGGUCUGCGCACAGUAAGCGCACGGAUGAAGGAGAGAUUUUAG